GAAGCUCUGCUCUUUAUGCUCUUCCUGGGGAUCUACUUCUUUACCCUGCUGGGAAACUUGGGGAUGCUGCUGGUGAUCAGUGCUGACUCUCACCUGCACAGCCCCAUGUACUUCUUUCUGAGUCACCUCUCUUUCUUGGACCUCUGCUUCUCUUCAGUUACUGUACCCAACAUGUUGGAGAACCUCCUGUCUCAGAGGAAAACCAUCUCGGUAGAGGCCUGCCUAGUUCAGGCCUUCUUUGUGCUUAUUUCUGCAGGGACAGAAGCCUUUCUACUCUCAGCGAUGGCUUAUGAUCGCUAUGUGGCCAUCUGCCACCCACUGCUCUAUGGACAGUUGAUAAGUAAACAGCAAUGUGUGCAGUUUGUGUGGGGCUCAUGGGGACUGGGCUUUCUGGAUGCUGUCAUCAAUAUCCCUGUGGCACUAAAAAUGGACUUCUGUGAUACCUAUACCAUCCCACAUUACAGCUGUGAGCUACCCUCUCUGUUCCCUCUCUCUUGCUCUGAUGUGUCCACUAACCUCAUUAUCAUGCUCUGCAUCAUGAUCCCACAUGGAGCUGUAACUUUCCUCUCGAUCUUUUUUUCCUAUGUCUUCAUUGUCUCUACCAUUCUGAGUAUCACUUCUUCCUCUGGCAGAGGCAAAGCUUUUUCCACCUGCUCUUCCCACCUUGUUACUGUGCUCUUAUUCUAUGGCUCUGGUUUUCUCCGCUAUUUUAUGCCAACCUCAGGUUCCUUCCUAGAGUUGGUUUUCUCUGUGCAAUACAGUGUGAUCACUCCCAUGCUGAAUCCCCUCAUCUAUAGCCUAAAGAACAAGGAGGUCAAAGCAGCUGUGAGAAGAACACUAGGGAAAUGUCUCUCGUGCCACUGCUAG